CUGAGGGGGCAGGCCGAUGAUGGAACUCACGUGACACGGAUACAGGAAAUGAGCGCCGCCCGCCCUCCGUCUCUUUCCUGGGUGCUUCUUGUUUGGUUCCGCGCGUCUUUCAGUUGGCGGGUAUCUGUUGCUGUAGAGCAUAGACCAGAGACGGACUAAAGUUACGACUUUAUCGCUCAUUAUCAAGAAAAUGUCGGACUGGACCAGAAGCAGACAGCGCGAAGCUCACGACAGCGAACACAAAAAGAGCUAUGGACUGUCCCGGUGGUCCCAAUGCAGGAAGAGAGGGGUCGAUGGAAGCCUGCGGGCCAACAAAGAGGCUGAUGAUAGUGAUGGGGGAAACAGUGGCCAUACUGACAGCCACUCUGACAACAGACAUGCCAGUUUCACCACUCCCGAAAGCACAGGCCCGGUGUCUCGCUGUGGUAGACGGAAUGACUGGGGCAGCCAGGUGGACGAUGAUGAGAUGAGGAGAGAUGUACAGAGAGACAUGCACCGUUACAGGAGGAGGAUACUGGGUACAGAGGGCACCCAGAGAGAGAGAAAGGCCUCCUCUGGCUCUUCUGGAAGUUGUGACUCCAGAGAUGGAGACAACAUGGAGACAGACGAGUCUGUGCUGCUACGACGACAGAAACAGAUCAAUUAUGGCAAGAACACACUGGCCUACGACCGAUACAUCAAAGAAGUCCCAAAACACAUGCGUCAACCAGGUGUUCACCCAAAGACUCCUAAUAAGUUCAGGAAGUACAGCCGUCGCUCAUGGGACCAGCAGAUCAAACUCUGGAAGGUCAAACUGCAUGCCUGGGACCCCCCAACAGCAGACAGCCAAGACAAAGGCCUCGAUAACACUGACGAGCUGGGUCUUGAUGAUGUAAUGGACAUUGAGCUGGACUUCCCAACCCUUUCAGACUCCGAGAGUGCCCCAGCCUCUCUCACAACACGCAAUCAUUCAGUGGAGGAUGAAGACUGUAUGGGUACUCCAGUUAAAGUACAGAAGACAGACACCACAACAGAACCUGAAAUUGCAUAGUGCUGCCCAUUUUCACACACAUGUCAAAUGGUUUUGGUUUACUCCUCACAGCCGUCUACGUUACCCAGAAUGACUCUGUUCCAGGUGCCAGCUACUUGAUCUGCUUGACGGAACGCUGCAUCUGCACGGCAUCACAAUAUGUGUCUCAGCUGUCAGUUAUUAGUUCAGCACUGGAACAUAUUUACUAUUCAUUCUCCAUGUAUAUUGAUCCUUUUUAAUAUGUAGGUUGGGACGUUUUACAAAUGACUAACCUACUCAGGGAGAUUUCUAUUAUGGCCAGAUUUUACAUUGUGUUGCAUGUUCCAAGUUUCAUUCAGUGUACAGGGUUUAGGAUUUGGUGUAGCACUGAUCUGUGAUCUGCUAUUUUGGACAUCAGUAGUGUGAAUGUUACAGCCUACUCAUACCUGCUCAAUAGACUGCAAGAACACUGACUCGACUAGCUCAUUUAGCUUAAUGGAGAGAGGCAAACCAAAGGCAAAUGUUUUCCCUUUAUGAUUCAUUUUGACAAAUUGGGUGUAUUAUUUUAAGUUCUAAGGAGAAUUACUUGAGUUUUGUGGGGCUGUGAUUUGUUUUUACAUAGGCUGUUUUUUAAUUCUAAUGUUACCGUUUCCUAUUGCUGUUUCCUCUGUAAAAAUUUUCAAAUAAAAAAACAAACUUUGAAUUUCU